UACUUUGAAUCAAGAAUAUUCAAAUCUGGCAAGCCAUGCAUCUUAAAACUUCUAACAGUACGGGAAACAGAGCCAGACCAGUGACUGUUAAUUUUCCUUUGCCGAGAAAAGCAGUUUCUAAACUUCGUGCGUUGGCCAUCGCAAAAGACCCAAGGCUUCUUGAUUUAGGCGUACUAGCUGUCCAGAUUACAGACGAUGAAAGCAUUGUCCUCGGGAUUGAGCUCGACAAAACUAAAAAGAAAAGCGCUGUGUAUGUAAAUAAGGCCGCUUCACCUUCUUAUGCUCAUUCAUCAGUCAACAGAGUGAGUUUUAACCCCAAGACUGUGGACCCCAGAAGCUUUACAACUACGACUACGUUUGAUCCCCUCACUCAUAGAUACUCAGGAGCUAAUGCUAGUCAACUUUCACAGGCUGCGAGAMAUGUUAGUUUCGUGUCCAAAACAAAGAAACUAGCUCAGAAUUCAGCUGCCAAAAAGCGGGCAAAGGAUACUCUUAAUGCUGCGAGACGUGGACGAGGCAGAGGACGAGCGGGGAAGACUAUUGGACAGACUAAAACUUCAAUCAGAGCCAGUACAUGGGAAAUGGUCUACAGUCACAUUGGUUUACCAAGAGAGCAUCGUAAUGAAGCUACAAACCUACUUGAACCUCCAGUGGGAUCUCAAGCUUCUGGUAUUGCCAAUGUACCUGUUGCACAAACAGAGCUGCCCAAGGAAAAUAUUUUAAAGUUAGACCGUAAGAGAAAGAGCUCAGUUAGUAGCCCUCCACUGAAGUCUUCACUGAAGUCUCCUGGCCAAUCUGGUGUGUACUCUGAAGAUGACAGCUCUGUGUCUAGUUCUCCUUGCUCACACUCUCCAAUGAACUCUGAGGAACUCAUGAAUCUUUUUGUUGACUCAAACUUCAGUGCCACAUCUGUUUUGAAACAGCUAGCAGAAAGUCGUUCCAAAGGAGAUGAAAAACAGACAGACAAAGAGAAUAACAAUGACAAGACGAACAAUAGUUUUGUCAAUGCUGCAGCAGAAAGCAAUGUAAAGAAAAAAGAAUCAGGAAGUUCCAUGGUUGAUGUAACUGUAUUUGACAGUUCAACCCAAAUGGGGACUUUCCCCAAGAACUCUGGAACUCCAAUAUCUAAUGUUGGGAAUAAUAGUUAUGUUUCAGACACRAAGACAAGCAAACCAUUCACAGGGGUUGGAAAGAACUUGGCUGUCUCUUCGUUAUUUGGGGUUGGACCUAGUGGUAGCAGCCUGAAUUUCUCUUCAUCGUCUUUGUCAAGUAUCAGUUCUGUGAAAACAAGCAGUGGAUCAGGAAAGAGGCCUGCAAAUACGCUGGGUGAUUCAUAUUCUGGUUUAAGUCAUCCAAGCUCUAAAUAUUCACUAUCUUCAUCUGAAUUGACCUUUCAUGAUCCCCAGUCCAAAAGGGCAAGAUUAGAGCUAAGCAUUAAGAGAGAGAAUUUAAACAAAGCAAAUGAACAGAAUCGACAAAAAUCACCAGAUUGUCCCUCAUCACAAUCACCAAAACCGCCCGUAAUAUCUGUAUCAUCUCCUUCAAACAGUCAUUCCAGUGACAUUUUAACGACUGCAACAAAAGCAGCAGCAACAACAACCACCGCAUCAAAUGUUGCCCUUAAAAAUUAUAUGCAAUAUGGGUAUUACUAUAGUUCGGAGGACCUCAGUAGAGCCCUUGCUAAAAAUGGGUCCUCAAAGAGCAAAAAUACUCCCCAGACGAGCCUUUAUGUGUCUGCUUCUUCGAUUAGUACACCCAUAAUGAGCAUAUCAUCAAACAUUCAUGCCAUGCCGAAACCCCAGACCCAAAAUAAACAGCCAACCUCAAAAGAACCAGCAUCUGAGGUUUUGUCAAAUAGUUGUACUUGGCAGCAGUCUGUGGACCCUAGCCACAAAACCAAUGAUCAUCCUAACAGUGAAUCUAUUUCAAAGACUUCAGAUUCUUCUAAAAUGGCUAUAAGGCCUCAAUCAUCAACUGACUUCCAUGAAAUUGCUUCAAGUUCUUCAAUUGAAAAAUCUACAUCCGAGAAGAGCCAGUGUGAAGCAAGUGCUCUGAGCUUUACAACUAGUACAUCUGGUGCCACAACUACUACCAUCACUACGUCAUCACCUACAGUGCUGACCUCUAGUGACGCAACGCCGCUUAGAGGCACUGUGCCUGAUUCAAGCAGUAAUAUACAAAGUAAUGGCAAAUGUUAUGCAAUAAGCUAUGUAUAUCCCAUGGGAACUGUAUGGUAUCCAUAUGUGGCUAUUACUCCUUAUGCUGUGUUACAGAAGAAUGCAAGGAAAUCAAGUGGACUGGAAAGGUGCGAGAAUGAAACAGAAGGGACGAGUGGUGCUUGUGAUACUUCUUCCCAGUACAUUGACUUGGCUAGCUCACUGAGGUAUUGGCAACAGCUGAGCUUAUUGUACAAGAAUCAAAUGUUAGUCACAGCAUCAGCAAACCCUAAUAUUUUGAGCUCAACUCCUUUAACAUUAGGUCAAAAUGCGUUAGGGGUUUCCAGUAGCAUGGCCUCUGAAGUGCCUGCUGUCCUUUCACAGCAGACGUCAAUGAUAGAUUCCAAAAGCGAAAGAGCUUCAUUCUCUUUUAGUUCGUCAGAGUUAAGCAGUGAUAUUACAUCUGCAUUCAGUAAACAACCAGGUCAAGAUGGCUCUUCAAAUUCAAGUGGUCCUUUAGAGAAAAAACCUCUUCGAAGGGCAAGUGUGAUUGUUGCUGCAAAAACAUCCAAUGCAGUUUCAUCCUCAAGAGCUAAUAGUGAGGAGUCAUUUGAAAACAGAUUCUCCGUUUCAACUCCAGAAUCUGAUGUAAGCUCUGAUGGCACGCAGAUAAAAUCUGAACCUCUUGUUAUAGACAACUGCAAUAGGCUUAUAGAAGAACAUUGCCAAAGAAUGAAUGAAGUUCUUGCAGCCACUCGAGGGGAUUACAGCAAUAACCUUGCAGCCAGUCCAACUCCACCUUUGCUUAGCUUUAUUCCAGAUAGCUCUAUAGCAUAUGUUAAUGUUGGAAACAAUGGCUCCAAGAAAACAGCUGGAAAUUGGAAAGAUGGCAAAUCCAAAUCCUCAAAGAAAAAGAAAUCCAACAAAGCCUUGUGAAAAGGCAAAAGUUUGUUUCCAUACAUGUUUGAUACAUAAAAAAUAUUAUCACUGAUUUGAACAGUCAAUGCAGCUCAUUAGAGUAAUUUUUCUCAGACCGUGAAAUAGUUAGUAGACUAAUAGAGGCUAGUAAAUCUUUUUUCCAUUGUUUUCUUUUGUUCUGUUUGACUAUCAUACAUCAACUACAAGAAAAUGUUUCAUGGUCUGAGGAAAAUAAAUAACUCUAUUGUUAGAAGUAAGAUAAAAAUUAUUGUAUGAUGCUAAACCAUUCCAAAAAUUAUAUGAGCCCUGAAAUUUGAGAUUUAUACCAGAAAGAAUUAGUAUGAAAUGAAUUUUUUUUACCUUUAUACAAAUAGUUGAUUUUAAAUGAAGAUACAUGUAUUUCUGUGAUGCUUGAUUGAAUACGUAUUGAUGAAAAUAUGAGAUGAUAUACAUGUAUGAUUUAUGAAUAUUUAGAAAUUAUUGAUUUGUUACUGUUGAAAGUUCAUGUUUUUAAAGAAUUUAUUAGUGCUCAGAUUAAUUUUGGCCUUCAUUGCCUAUAGCAUUGAUCAUUAUAGCACCUGUUAUUUUACGAUUGUGAGUGAGUGAGCAAUAAAGUCAUCAGAGGUCACACUCCAAUAACCAUAGAGAUCUUAAGAUUGGACUGAAGAACAGGGACUCCAUACUAGCCUCCUCUGCAGGAUACCCCAUAUAUUCUGUUGUGCUCCCUGUGUUAAUUAUGGCAGAAGAGAACUAGGGACAAGAGAGGAGGUGGAAGGACUUUUUUGUGCUUGCCACAGGUAGCCUGAGGAGUAAAAAGAACCAAGGAGAUGCCUGCAGGGGGAUGCUACUGUUGUCCCUGCCUUUAUUGUCCUCACUAGAAUGUCAGUCAGAUGGUAAUAUCGUCCUGUGUCACAUUUCUUGCUCCUAAGCAAUGAUCUUACUGCAGUUUGCAUUACUACGCGGCCACCCCAGACACAAAUCAAGUCGUGUAGUUUGCAAUUGAUUGCUGUCAAUCAAACACCUCAUUCUACUUGGAUGUACUCAAACUCUUUGCAAUCGCUUUUGGAACUUUCCUUCAUGAUGUCUGACUGAGAAGGUUUGAUAGAAAAGCCAACUUACUGAUCCAAACGUGUAUAAAUGGCAUCAACAUGAAUGAUUGAUGGUAGUCUAUUGCAAACUACACGACUUGAUUUGUGUCUGGGGUGGCCGCGUAGUAAUGCAAAGGGCGCUAAAGUUUUUCACAGAUAUAUGGCAUGCACUCUGUGCUUUUAAAAUAGCAUAGUAUGCUUAUGAACUAACCAAACUCAAAUUUGUGCCAUCAUUUAUCUCAGUAAAGCCAUGAACAUGGUAGCUGCUUAAAAAGAAAUAUUACUUUUGAGAAAAGAAUUGGAAAGGUCUAAUGAGAUAGCAAUAUCCUUUGAUCCUGUAACACUCUCCAUAAGAAUGGAAUGCUUGGAAAUAGAACAUUUCCAGUGACUUUAAAUCUGCUCUUGAAGUAGCAGAAGAGUCAGGGCUUAAAACAACGGCCAAUCAGUUGCUGGUCAUAAUCACAGGCCAAAUUAGCCUUAACUCAGCAAUACCUUAUUUUUGACUUAACGUUACUGGUCAAAAUGACCAGCCAAGCAAAUAUUUGACUGGACAAGUCCCAGUUCUUGCCAGAUAUUGUCUGAUGUCUGGCUGUUAUUUUAAGCCCUGAGAGUUAACAUUGUGUUUGCCCAGUGCAGACAAUCAUUGCAGAACAUUUCCAAUUGGUGCUUAUACACGUUUGAAAAAAAAGUAUUUAUACUUAGAGUACAAUUAAUGUAGGCCUAGUGAAUAGAAAAGAAGUACAUGCUUUGAAGAAAAAACUGUCACAUUCAUGCUAUUGGUAUUUUGGUUUACAUUAUUUUUCAAUAGUUUUCCCCCCAGAUUUCACAGAGUAUUUUUCUAGGUUGUCAAUCAUAUAUUUUUUUAGAAGUCCAUUUAUUUAUAUUGUUUGGCAGUGUUAUCGAAAUUAUUGAGUUGAAAAUCAUACUUUUAUAAGAAUAAUUAGUUUAUCAAACAAGUGUAAUAAAAAAGUAUUGAGCUAA